AUGGAAAACCCGCCUCCUGCGAACCCUGCCGCAAGGAAAAAGUCCGUUGUGAUCAUCGCCUCCCGGUCUGUUCUCGUUGUCAGAAGAAACUCCGGACGGCCAGUUGCUUCUAUCAUCCAGCACCGACAAACACAUUCUCCUCCUUCUUCAACUCCGGAGCAGGAUGACUCGGAUCCUCGGCCGUUGCGUGCCAGGCCAGUAUCCACGCCGGUUUCGACAUUUUCGAAUACCGAAGAACUGGGGCCACGAUUAGACGACGGAUUCAACAUGCUGGUCACUACUCGCUCAUUGCCCACUGGCUACUUGGGUCCAACCAGCUUUGUCGCGGCAUUGGAAGAGGACCACGAAUUUGUUUCUAGCCCCAGCGAUCAACUGUCACAAGACGACGCAACAACGGCAUUCCCAUCCGACUUGCCUUUGUACUGGGUACAGAGGACAGCAGAAAUACUACGAUGCUUACAAGAUUUCCCAACCAUUGAUCAACUAGUCUGCGAAUACUACAAGCUAAGCAAGGCAGCCGUCAUACCAUCUCUACUCCUUAACGCCCUACCCUCAAUACAGACUGUGAUUGAUGCAGCCCAAUUGCAUAAAAGCCCACCAGAACAAGUCGCGCGGGUUCUUCAAAACACAAAACAUGUGCUCCAUGUACCAUCGAUUAUGACAGGAAGUCAGUUCCAUGAGCUUUUUACCGGGCCUAAUUUACGCCUAGAGAUCUUAGGAGUUUUCUAUGCGAUAGCAGGCCGGCUCAGUCUUUUCGGCCUGGCUCAUGAUAAAUUCCCUCAGUUCGAUGGAAUGGCAGCUCGUGAGCGGUUUUCUCGGAAAAUGUUGGCGGCUAGUGAUGAGGUCCUCCAGGUUUGUAAGCUCAUCGCCCCAGUCAAUGACCUUACAAUAUGGAUGCUGUAUGAAAUUCUGUUAUUGUCCAAGGUGGCCCAUGGCGAUACUAGCUCCGCAAAGUGGCGCAGGCUCGGGGACCUGUCAACCCAUAUAUUCGAGCUAGGGCUGCAUAGAGACUCCCAACAGUCUAGCUCUCUACCGACAUUCUUAGUCGAGACUCGCCGGAGGCUCUUUGCAGCGACUUAUCAACUCGACAAGAGCAUUGCAACAUUCCUGGGCAGACCACCGAGGAUCUCAUUAAGACAUUCAGACUGUCGACUGCCCCUUGAUCUGGAUGAUAGCUUAUUGAAGGCUGGUCAGUCGGAGAUUGAGCUAGCAGUGCAGGACUUGGACAGCGAUGGAUGGAAUACACAAGGCAGCCUUCACCGAUCUACCUUUCUUCGGCAACGGUUCCUAGUCACUACCUUCCGUGAGGAGAUUCUAGAAGUCUCUUUAGAGACCCAAAACCAUAGGACGGCCGAAAAGCUGAGGGAUAUCUCCGCGCGUUGUCAUCAAACUUGGGAUUCACUGCCGAAACAAUUACACUACAGCCCAGAUUCUCGGGAUGAGAACAUUUCAAACACCAUCUGUAUGAUGCUUAUUGUAUCAUACUUAGCUUACCUGUACAACGACUUUCUCAUUCAAAGGCUUCUUGUUCAGCAGGACCCCGACGCCUAUUCAGCUUUACUCGACGUGAGCUCAACCAUUUUGUCGACCGUUUUAGAUUUCUGCGCCAUGCGAGAGGAUAUGGUUGACCUUCGACCGGAUUUCAUAUGGACCAAUCUUCUCUACGGCUUCCCCAGUGCGGCUGUCCUAAUUAAGGCGCUUCAGAAGCAAGCUCGCACCGGCAGACCAAUCCCUUAUCAAGGCUCGCGAUCCGUCUUGAUUCGCCAUCUAAGCGUUUUCAUCUCGCAUCUAGAGUCAAUGUCCCGACCGGGUCUGGUGAAUCAGGAGCUAUUUCACCGCGCUAGUAAAAUAUUUUCGGGGAUCAUCGAUGAAGUUCUGGAGCCGCGUGUUGCGGUAACUCUCCGGGGACCUGAACUAGAUAUAUUAGCGGAUUCGGAGACGUGUAUGAUCGGGAACGAUGAUUUGGAUUUCUUGGACAUGCUGGAGUUUGGAGGAUCGAUCGACCAGUACAUCAUCUUCUGA